AUGAAGCUAUGUGGAACCGCGGAAGGCUCCACCCACCAUUGGGCCACUACCAAUGCCUUUGAUAUCUCUCACUCGAGCCUGUACCUCGACCAUCAAGCGGUUGACUCAAUCGAGUUACAAGAUAGGCGAAGUCAUGGACUUUGGUUGAAUUACGAUGAUAAGUUCUCUCGUGGUCACCGUUGUAAAAGGUUAUUUUUCAUUGAGGGGAUUUUUCCUUCUUAUGAUGAGCAAUUGGAGGAUGAAAUCGUGAAGGAAGAAGAAGAAGAAGAAGAAGAAGAAGAAGAAGUUCCAGAAAUAAGUUUCCAUGCUAUUUCUGGAAAUUCAGGACUAGAAACGAUGCGAGUUAUUGGCAAGCUUAGGGAAUUGGUGGUUUCCAUUUUACUUGAUACAUGUAGUACACAUAACUUCCUCAAUUCCAAAUUGCCUGCUCAAUUGGGAUUAUAUCCCAAAAAAGGGGACUUUUCUGUGCAAGUGACAGAUGGUUACCGAGUCAAAAGUGGUGGGCUAUGCAAAGAUGUUCCUAUUCUUGUGCAAGGAAUUACAUUUCACAUUGAUCUAUUCAUUUUACCAGUAGAGGGGUGUGAUGUGAUUUUUGGAACACAGCUAUUGAAAAGAUUGGGUCUUUUUACUUUGGAUCUCAAUGAAUUUUGGAUGAGAUUUAAUUGGGAGGGCAGAAUGGUGGAGUUACGUGGGAUGCAAGGACCUAGCAAUAAAAUAGCAAUUGACAAAGAAUUAAGGGGACAUUUAAGGAAAGGCAAGGAAAGCUUUUUUGUUGCAACUACACUCUUUGAAUUUGGGAGCAGCAACUAA